CUCUUUGUGGAUCACGUAAUGAGAUCCAUGGAGGGCGAACAAGUCUUAUAAAAGAUGUGAUCCUCCUCCGACACUUCACUUUGUGCAUUGUGGAGAUGAAGAUGAAGACCAGCUCCCUGCACAUGCAUCAAUGUGAUCUUCAUUUUAGGACUCUUGUUUGCUUCGACACAGUCUGCUGGAUCUUUUGUUUAUUCAUUUUUCUGGGACUAACUUCAUGGAUGCUGAAUUCAAUGGAACAUUUAUAACUUUUGGUGGCUAUGUAGAUGUGGACAAAUAUGGGUAUAUUUACUUUGUCAUCUUUUUGACAAUAUAUAUUCUCAUCCUCUGCUCUAACUGCACCAUUAUAUGUCUAAUCUGGAUCCACAGGAACCUUCAUGAGCCUAUGUACAUUUUCAUUGCUGCUUUGUCACUCAACUCUCUUUUGUUUAGCAGUGGAAUCUACCCUAAACUUUGCAUUGACGUCUUAUCUGAAAAACAGACCAUUUCUCAUUCUGCUUGUAUGUUUCAAUAUUUUGUUGUUCAUUCAUUAGGUGGAUCAGACUUCUUACUGUUGUCAGCCAUGUCUUAUGACAGGUAUGUGUCUAUCUGCAAACCUCUGCAGUAUCCAACUAUCAUGGGGAAAAGAACUGUCAUUGUCCUCUUGACUUUGGCCUGGUUUCUACCUGCAGUGGAGCUCGCAGUUGCAGCUCUGAUGAAUUCAAAAGAAAAAAUGUGCAAUUUUACAGCAGAUGGAGUCUGGUGUAACAAUUCUAUCCACAAACUCCACUGUGUAAAAUCACAAUUUUUUACUGUUUUUGUUUUGUUUGCCACAAUAACUAUCGGUGUUGCUCCUGUGAUUUUCGUUAUUUUUACGUACAUAAAGAUAUUUAUAGUAGCUUAUCACAGUUGUGGGGAAGUUAGGAAAAAAGCUACAGAGACAUGUUUACCUCACCUGAUAGUUUUAAUCUGCUUCACUUGUUUCACUGUUUUUGAUGUUAUGACCGAUCGACUGCAGUCAGAUCUUCCAAAAAGUGUCAUUUUAGUAACGACUUUACAAGUGGUUGUGUAUAGUCCUCUGUUAAAUCCAAUCAUAUAUGGAGUGAAAAUGAAAGAAAUAUCAAAACACAUAAAGAAAUUGUUUUGUCAGGUCAAACCCAUGAAAUAA